AUGGAAUUCUCGCGGUGUGUUGACGACUCCUCUUUCGGGCCGGUAGUUAAUCGAUGUCGAGAUAAUUUUGAUUUCACGCUGAAGUUUGAACUGCUGUUCUUCUCCAUCAUUCCUGCGUCGAUUUUCAUAGGUCUUUCAAUCCCACGACUUGCUUACCUGGCCCCGAAGCGUGUCCUGGCUGUCAUCGUCUCAUACGUCGCUCUUCAUGUUUCCCUUCUGAUUUUCAGCAUCGACUUGGGUCGCUCUCGGCUGUCAAGUCUCUUCAUCUCGUCAGAGGCCCUCACCCUGGGUGCCGCUGCCUGCAUCGCCACCCUUUCCUAUCUCGAGCACUACCGAUCGCCGCGCCCUUCCAUCCUACUGAACGCGUAUCUCUGCAUUUGCAUUCUCCUGCACAUCGCACAAUGUCGAACAUUGUGGCUCUCUGCUUCAUCGAAGCAAGAUGCCAUCUUCACCAAGAUAUUCACUGUAGCGGUCUCGAUAGAAGCUGUCAUGGUUGUCCUAGAAUCCCGUCAGAAGACCCGCUGGCUGGCAAAAGAUACCAAAGGAUGCGGACCUGAGGAGACCAGUGGGCUCUACAGUCUCAGCACGUUUACGUGGCUCAACCAAUUGUUCUGGGCUGGCUACAUGAAAGUGCUUGGUCUUGACGAUCUCUUACCACUAGAUAAGGAAAUGGAUGUGAGACGUCUGCACGCGCGGUUUAUGAAGCACGCAGGAGAGACGUUGCACGGUCAAAAGCAUGGCCUGGUAAUCGUCUUAACAAAGACCUUACUAGUUCCCCUCCUCCUCCCGAUUGGGCCCAGACUUGCAGUGACGGGGUUUACCUUUUGCCAGGCCUUCCUUAUCCAGUCAGUUCUCCACUUUCUCGAGGACAGGCCAGAAGAAUCCCAAAACCUAGGGUAUGGACUCAUCGGUGCUACAAUCUUAAUAUAUUCUGGGAUAGCGAUAGCCACAUCCUGGUAUUGGUACUGCCACGAGCGAUGUCUCUACAUGGCGCGCGCCUGUCUCGGCUCGGCUAUCUUUCAGAAGACGACAGAAUCUCGGUUAGAAGUGGCUGGACAGUCGAGUGCAAUCACUCUCAUGAGUACAGACAUUGAACGGAUUCUCAAGGGUUUCCUAAACCUCCAUGAGUUCUGGGCCAACCUGGUUGAAGUGGCACUCGCCAGCUGGUUGCUUCAGCGAGAACUAGGAGUUGCAUUCAUCGCCCCAAUCUGUCUUGUUGUUGUCUCGGUCGUAUCUAUUACCUUCCUUAGACGGUUCAUAGGAGGUCGUCAAAGAGCAUGGAUGGAGCAAAUUCAAAAGCGCGUGGCGCUCACAGCAACGGUAAUCGCAUCUAUGAGGCACCUAAAGAUCGCCGGGCUCGUCGAUCCUGUAGAAGCUGCGGUUCAAAAACUGCGCCUUCACGAACUACACGUUGGCAGGGGAUUUAGGCGGCUUCAAAUCGGGGCGUUAUUCCUCGCUUUCUUGCCCAACCUUCUUGCUCCUCCCAUAACUCUAGCUGCUACCGGGCUUAAUCUAAGCACUCUUACGAUUUUCACGUCCAUCGCCUAUCUCACGCUUUUGACAAUCCCGUUAAGUGAUGUCUUCCGAUCGGUGGCACCGCUCAUGUCGGCACUGACCUGCCUUGGGCGUAUUCAGGCUUUCCUAGAAGACAAAUCACACCUCGACUUGCGGAUAUUGACUAAGAGGCCUGAUCUUGCAAAGCCUGCUAGCCCGGCAUCGCCAAGUGGCCCCAUUCUUGAAAUCAUAGAUGGCGAGUUCGGGUGGCAGGAGGACCAGGAAAGCACGGUUAAGAAUAUCAACAUGAGGGUCCAUCGAGCCAGUCUCACCGUGGUUGUCGGACCGGUCGCCUCCAGAUGUUGCUGUGGUCAUCGUGCGCAUUUCCUUGACACCGGUAGGGGUAUUGCAACCAUACGCGCAUUUGGGUGGACGGAUGAGCAGAUCCGAAUCAACCAGGAGCUAUUGAACACUUCGCAACGCCCUACCUAUCUUCUUGCGAUGAUACAGCGCUGGUUGUUGUUUAUCCUUAACAUUUUUGUUCUAGUAUUCGCAGUUCUCGCCGUUGCACUCUCAACCCAAUUGCAUGAUAACACAGGAUUCACAGGGUCGGGCUUGCUCACACUCAUGCAGCUCGGGCAAUUCAUGACCUCGAUGGUUCAAUGCUAUGCGAAGUUGGAGACGUCCAUGGGGGCUGUGAGUCGGCUCAAGGCAUUUCGCGACAAUACACCGUCCGAGAUCAUGGACACUGACAACAUUACACCAUCACCAUCUUGGCCCUCUAAGGGUCGAGUUGAGGUGCAUGGAGUAUCUGCUUCUUACCAGACUUCUGAGAGCGCGCCGCAUAACCUAGCCUUGCAUGAGCUUAACCUUGCUAUUGAGCCGGGAGAAAGAGUGGCUAUAUGUGGCCGUACUGGAAGCGGCAAGUCAUCAAUCCUUCUUCUUCUUCUCCGCUUGCUGGACCCCCUUCCAUCUUCGGCGCAGAACAUCACCAUCGACGGCGUACCGUUGCACCAGGUCGAUCGCUCAAUUCUCCGCCAGCGUAUCAUUGCCAUACCUCAGGACGUGAUAUUCCUUCCCGACGGUACCUCUUUCAAAGAAAAUCUCGAUCCCUUCGGCCUGUGCUCGGAGGUCGAAUGUCAGUCCAUCCUACAGGAUCUUGACUUCCAGGGUCAGAAGCAACUGUUCAGCAUUGCUCGUGCGGUCUUGAGGAGGCGGGCGCGCUCACGGCAGCAGGCUGAAAUGGGUCUGCACACAACCGUGCGCAAAUCUGGAGUUCGAGAGUCAGGAGGGGGGAUACUGCUGCUUGAUGAAGUGAGCUCUAGUGUUGAUAUGGAGACGGACCGGGCAUUGCGGAAGGUGAUUGAUAGGGAAUUUGCCGGAUAUACCAUUAUCAUGAUCUCACAUCGUCUGGAGGUCGUCUUGGACUUUGACCGCGUCCUUGUGCUGGACUCCAGCCAUCUAGUUGAGGAAGGGAAGCCGAAAGACCUGGCUCGAAAGGAAAAUAGCCGCUUUCGUGAGCUAUUGGUGGCAGCCAGUCAGGAUGGCGUGUGA